AUGGCGUACAAUGCCGUCUCCCAGAAUGAAAUCGACGCUGCUUCUGAUUCAGAUGCCUCCGAACCCUCCCCCCUUCCUAAAACCUCCUUCGAGCCGCUGUCGAUCGAUUUCGAGAACUUGGGCGGCUCCUCGUUCAUGAGCGCUGCAAAGACCGAGAAACCGAGCUCCAUAUCCUUGAAGUCAGUAAUACGCUCCAGAGGGGCAUCGACUACAAGCUAUGACAUGCUGGAGGACGACGAUUACCAGGUUGUUGGUCGGGCCAGUAAAUCUGAACGUGAUUGUCAUGUGAAAACAGCUCAGGGAGACGGACCAGCCGAUCUAUCUAAACCGCCCCCUUUAAACACCCCGUCCUCCUCUCCUGAACCCUCGGAGCCAAUCCUGCAGAGUCCCAAAACGGAUGGGCCGGCAUUGUGCCAUCCAACCCCAGAUCUCCAGUCGCUGCAGGGAGCCUACGUCGGAAACGUCGAACGACUAGAGAAGACUGCCGAACGUCUCAGCCUUGCCUUGGAGCGCGGAGAUGAUCUUGAAGGUAUCGAAUCAAGGCGAAACAUUCCAGCUUUGGGAUCUCCAGCAGGGUCAAUAUCGUCUGGGCCGCGAAAGCCAUCCAUCGGUUCGCGAACGGGGCCGAUUCUGGGCAGUUCCGGUAUCUAUUCUCCAGGAGGACAUAUUUCAUCUCCACGGCGGUCAGUGCAAUCUUCGCCGUCUUCGCAAGCUGCUGCUCGUUUACGCUCCGGCUCGGUCGCAUCUCGAUUGGCGCGGGUGGUUGAGCCUGAAAACGAGGACCAGCUCAACAACCCUGAGCAGAUUUCCUCCGUUCCGGCGUCGAUACCUCCCCCGCCGAAUCCACAUUCCCUACAAUUACAGUCACAUCCCUUACAACAUCACGAAGAAAACAUGGGAGUCCCUAUCGAUGAAGAACAAAUGCACCGCCCUGGCAGUGCCGGGUCUACAGACACGUAUCAACAAGCUACCAAUCUGUUCAAAGAUUUCGAUGGCGUGCACUUCACGGCCCAUUCAAGUGAAAAAUCUCAAUCGCGACGAGUUUCAAUAAGUAGGCCUCCCCUCGCAAGCUUGCCCCAAGCGCACAAGGAGCCACCGCCUGGUGAAAAUAUGGUCUACUAUCCUGCCCCGGUACCGAUGGUGUUGAACCUACCCCAGCGGCUGUCCAAGCAACAUGCUGCAUCGGAGCAGGAGAAACGUCGCACCCAGUUAAUGAAUUCAAUGCCCAUCGAUAAGCGAAAAUCAGCAGUCUGGUUGCCGAAUAACGAAAAAGAAGGCGAACCUCCGGCUAGACAGAGCAAGAGGCUUUCACAAAUGCCACCACAACUCCGUGCUAGCGCCUUCUUUGACCAGCCGCCGUCGCAUUUGGAUAUCACGGUGAGAGACAAUUCCGCCGUUGCUACUUUAGACUGUAUUCUCGAUGCUGCAGCUUCUGCGCCGGUUAGCGCAUUUACUGAUCAUCCCAUCGUUGGCCACAUCGGCGCCGAAGUGUAUGGCAAAGAGAAAACGAAAAAGAAAAAUAAGAUUGAGAAGAAACGCUUCUCUGAAAAUCCCCUCGGUGUAGGAGAAGCUACUCACAACCGCAACCCCUCAGGACAAUCCGAAAGCCACGCUGAAGGCAAACCCGGGCCUGACGAGGCAACUCCAUUCAGAAACUCCUACGAACGUGAUGCAGAUGACUCUGACCAUUUUAUUCAUCCUCAGGGUCAACAACAGGAUGAUUCUGAAAGUGACAGUGAUGAUAGUAAAGAUGAAGAGGCUUUUGUCGGCCCGCCAACGACUUUGUUGGCUGAAUUACAAAUGCGGAAGCAAGAGCAGAAGCAGCGAAACCGCACGGCUGCCACUGCGUUUCCUAACGGCAUGCAUUCGACGUUGCUUGAGCUGGAUGCUGUCGCACAGCGUCAACGCGAGAAUCGGAACCAGAAGCAUGUCAUCCUGGCCUGGGAAGAUCCUGACCUUGCUGACCGCCGGGAACCUGACGAUGAUGAUGUUCCGCUUGCGUUGCUUUUCCCCGAAAAGACUAAGCAAAAUGACAACCGUCCUUUGGGCCUUAUGGAGAAACUGGAAUUGGAAGAAAAUGAGCCGUUAAGUCGCCGGCGGGCUCGAAUUCGCGGUGAACCGCCGCCUGCUCCCCGCCCGCCCCCGGUUCCAGUGGGAUAUUCUCAACCUCCCGCCAAGCGAGCAAGUACUGCAUAUACACUUGACAUCCCUGGGCUGGAGGAUGGAGAGAGCGACGAAGAGGAGACUCUAGCUCAGCGCGUCAGAAGAUUACGAGCACGGGAAGAGAAAGCCGGUUCAGACUUUGCGAGCGAGCUGCUCUCGAGAUUUGGGGAUGAUAAACCCCCCGAGAAGCCAGCAAGCGAGGAUGGGGGUGAACCCGAGGAGGAAACCCUGGGCCAACGGCGGAAACGGCUUCAAGCAGAAGCCCAAGCCGGCAAUCCAAAUGCUCCGGAUAAGCUUUCUUCACGACGAAGUCUCGCCGAUGUCCUUCAAGCGCAUCCGGUGGGCCCGCAAUCGCAAGUUCACGUCCAUCCUGCAGGCUUGGGAGCGGCGGGAAGUCGACAGUCGCUGGUCGCAACAAACCGCUUGUCCCGGGUGUCCACGAACGGUCCCCUUUUGCAAUUUGGCAAUGAAAUGAAUGGCGGUAUGGGGCCGUAUAAUGCUCACGGGCUCAUUGCUCCUGCGUACGGGAACGGUUUAUCAGCCGUGAACUUGAAUCCGCACUUCUACGCCCAACCGAGCUAUCGUCCCAGUCUCCAGCCAGGACCCGUGAUCGAUCAGAAGCAGAGAGACAUGAUCGACCGUUGGCGACUUGGUGUGCAGUGA